CUUCAGCGUCCCGCUCGCUUGGAGAGAGGUACCUCUCCUCUUCCCUCUCCCUCUCCUUAAGAGUUGUCUGCUGGUUCUCAGCUUGAAGAAGAUUCUACAGUCCUUAUUGAUCCUUUUUCUUGGCGUUACCAUUUUUUGAAGCAAAGUUAACCUAGUUUUCUAGUUUGAGCUUUCUUUUUGGCCAUCUUCUAAAAAAAUUUUUUUUAAUCUAUAAACUAGACAAGAGAUAGUUCUACAAUGUCCAAGUCAUUCCAGCAGUCAUCUCUCGGUAGGGACUCGCAGGGUCAUGGGCGUGACCUGUCUGCAGCAGGAAUAGGCCUUCUUGCUGCUGCUACCCAGUCUUUAAGUAUGCCAGCAUCUCUUGGAAGGAUGAACCAGGGUACUGCACGCCUUGCUAGUUUAAUGAAUCUUGGAAUGAGUUCUUCAUUGAAUCAACAAGGAGCUCAUAGUGCACUGUCUUCUGCUAGUACUUCUUCCCAUAAUUUGCAGUCUAUAUUUAACAUUGGAAGUAGAGGUCCACUCCCUUUGUCUUCUCAACACCGUGGAGAUGCAGACCAGGCCAGUAACAUUUUGGCCAGCUUUGGUCUGUCUGCUAGAGACUUAGAUGAACUGAGUCGUUAUCCAGAGGACAAGAUUACUCCUGAGAACUUGCCCCAAAUCCUUCUACAGCUUAAAAGAAGGAGAACUGAAGAAGGCCCUACAUUGAGUUAUGGUAGAGAUGGCAGAUCUGCUACACGGGAGCCACCAUACAGAGUACCUAGGGACGAUUGGGAAGAAAAGAGGCACUUUAGAAGAGAUAGUUUUGAUGAUCGUGGUCCUAGUCUCAACCCAGUGCUUGAUUAUGACCAUGGAAGUCGUUCUCAAGAAUCUGGUUAUUAUGACAGAAUGGAUUAUGAAGAUGACAGAUUAAGAGAUGGAGAAAGGUGUAGGGAUGAUUCUUUUUUUGGUGAGACCUCGCAUAACUAUCAUAAAUUUGACAGUGAGUAUGAGAGAAUGGGACGUGGUCCUGGCCCCUUACAAGAGAGAUCUCUCUUUGAGAAAAAGAGGGGCGCUCCUCCAAGUAGCAAUAUUGAAGACUUCCAUGGACUCUUACCGAAGGGUUAUCCCCAUCUGUGCUCUAUAUGUGAUUUGCCAGUUCAUUCUAAUAAGGAGUGGAGUCAACAUAUCAAUGGAGCAAGUCACAGUCGUCGAUGCCAGCUUCUUCUUGAAAUCUACCCAGAAUGGAAUCCUGACAAUGAUACAGGACACACAAUGGGUGAUCCAUUCAUGUUGCAGCAAUCUACAAACCCAGCACCAGGAAUUCUGGGACCUCCGCCUCCCUCAUUUCAUCUUGGGGGACCAGCAGUUGGACCAAGAGGAAAUCUGGGUGCUGGAAAUGGAAACCUGCAAGGACCAAGACACAUGCAAAAGGGCAGAGUGGAAACUAGCCGAGUUGUUCACAUCAUGGAUUUCCAGCGAGGGAAAAACUUGAGAUAUCAACUAUUACAGCUGGUGGAACCAUUUGGAGUUAUUUCAAAUCAUCUGAUUCUAAAUAAAAUUAAUGAGGCAUUUAUUGAAAUGGCAACCACAGAAGAUGCUCAGGCUGCAGUGGAUUAUUAUACAACCACACCAGCAUUAGUAUUUGGCAAGCCAGUGAGAGUUCAUUUAUCCCAGAAGUAUAAAAGAAUAAAGAAACCUGAAGGGAAACCAGACCAGAAGUUUGAUCAAAAACAAGAGCUUGGACGUGUGAUACAUCUCAGCAAUUUACCUCAUUCUGGCUAUUCUGACAGUGCUGUCCUCAAGCUUGCUGAGCCUUAUGGGAAAAUUAAGAAUUAUAUACUGAUGAGGAUGAAAAGUCAGGCCUUUAUUGAGAUGGAGACCAGAGAAGAUGCAAUGGCAAUGGUUGACCACUGUUUGAAAAAGGCCCUUUGGUUUCAAGGGAGAUGUGUAAAAGUUGACCUGUCUGAAAAAUACAAAAAAUUGGUACUCAGGAUUCCCAACAGAGGCAUUGACUUACUGAAAAAAGAUAAGUCCCGGAAAAGAUCUUACUCUCCAGAUGGCAAAGAAUCUCCAAGUGAUAAGAAAUCCAAAACUGAUGGUUCCCAGAAGACUGAAAGUACAACCGAAGGUAAAGAACAAGAAGAGAAAUCAGGAGAAGAUGGUGAAAAAGAUACAAAGGAUGACCAGGCAGAACAAGAACCUAACAUGCUUCUUGAAUCUGAAGAUGAGCUACUUGUAGAUGAAGAAGAAGCAGCAGCACUGCUAGAAAGUGGCAGUUCAGUGGGAGAUGAGACAGAUCUUGCUAAUUUAGGAGAUGUGGCAUCUGAUGGGAAAAAGGAACCUUCAGACAAAGUUGUGAAAAAAGAUGCAAAUGCGAGUGCUUCAGCAACUGCGAAGAAAAAGCUUAAAAAGGUGGACAAGAUCGAGGAACUUGACCAAGAAAAUGAAGCAGCGUUGGAAAAUGGAAUUAAAAAUGAGGAAAAUACAGAACCAGGUGCUGAAUCUGCUGAGAAUGCUGAUGAUCCCAACAAAGAUACAAGUGAAAACGCAGAUGGCCAAAGUGAUGAAAACAAGGAGGACUAUACAAUCCCAGAUGAGUAUAGAAUUGGACCAUAUCAGCCCAAUGUUCCUGUUGAAAUUUCUGAAUAAAUUGGCAGAAGAACGCAGGCAGAAGAAGGAAGCUUAAGAUGUGCAAGAAGCUUAAUGAUUUCAAAGAAAAUAAUGGUUCUUUGUUUUUAAAUGUUAACCUUUUUUAAAUACAAUACAGAUAGUUAGAAGAAAACUAUUGUACUCUUUUGUUAUAGUGGAAAAAUAAUAGACGUCUGUUCAUGUGUUAAGUGUUAUAGCAAAAAUACAUAUACGGUUAAGUUAAUGAAGAAUUGUUUUUGUUUUAUCAAAAUGGUAACAGACAGAAAUACUUGGUAGAGACUGACUUCAUAUGCUACUUAAGACACUUGCAUCACUAAGAAAGAUACGUAGAAACAUUCAGAGAAAUGAAAUUAGUAGUUCCAAGCUUCAAAGAAAUGUCAAAACUUUUGAUUCCAUUCAAUAAAGAACAAAACCAAUUGUAUUUUUAUUACUUUCAUCUGAAACAUUCCACAUUUUAAUCUGAGCCUUUCAGACUUUUCAUUUGCAGUUCGAAGCAUUUUUGGUUUUGUUUCAUUUUUUGAGAACGUCAUUAAUGUGAGAUUGGUAAUUAAAAUGCAGGUGCAGUUUUCUUUUAAUGUCAUGCUGUUUAGGUAAUAAGAAAUAUUAAGUAAUUGGCUUUAGAUUUUGUAAUUUUUUCCCUAAGUUCCUGCUAGAUUUCGUAUUCUAGUAGUCAAUGUAUUUUUCAGUGAAAUGUAAAAAUAUUCCCAUUCUCUUUGACCAGUAUUAAUUUCUUGAGAUAUUGCUUGUCACUUGAAUCCUGUAGCUGUCAUACAUCUGGUAUAAGCACAUUUGAUUUUUGAAGUGUGUAGACCAUCUCUUCAUAUUUUCAAGAUGUAAUUUUACAUUUCUGCAUUUUAAAAACAGUUUGGCCAUAAUCUUAGACGCACGCUUCUAAUUCAUAUACUGCAUAUGUGACCUUUGUGAACAGAAAUUUGCAUGUAUAAUCUGUGUUUACUUGUAACUUUCUGGUUAUAUACGGCUUAUAUCUGUGGAUUCAAGUUUCUGAA